AUGGACGACACGAGCCGAUUAAGGAGGCAGAAUGAACCAUCGGUUCAUUCAAACCCCAACCAAAGAUACUCACUUCACGAUCCGUCCCAGCAGCGCCGUUCAGUUGCUGGAGCCUCCAACGACAGAUAUCGUCCUGCAUCCCUUGCAACUCCCUCUUCGUCAGGGCGUGGAAUGGGAGCUGCGGGUAACUACAGCAGCUACUACUCGGAACCCAGUGCAUCUUUCCCUACAGCAAACAUGCCUGGAACAGCAAUCGCAUACGGCUCGGAAUAUAGCCACGACUCACGCCAGCAGCAGCAAGGCUUCGGUGGCUACGGUACCGCGGCCACAAUGAUGUACAACGUUGCCCAACCGAACCCGCAAAAUCCCGUCUACGAUGCGCAACACUUUAGUUCACGGCAACCUGCAGGUCUGCAGAUGAUGACACCUGACGUUGCCUCGACCUACUUUGCAUCCGAAACGGGGAGCGCAGCUGGCCCGAGCCUCCAUCAGUCAGCACAGAGCUCAAGCGGAUCCGCAAAUGUUUAUCAACAAAGCAAUGCCAUGAGCUAUGCAAGCAAUAAUAUGUCCAACGUGAACGCGAUGCCCCAACCGACAGCGAGCGCCGAUGUUUCCAUGGCAGAGGACCACGAUUACGCAGAAGGCGCUCUCGAAGAAAAAUGGGUUAGCUACCAGCGGCAACUAGGGAGCAUAUUCCAGGACAUAUCUAAUGGAUCUCUUGAAAGUGCAUCUGAGACAUUACUUAGUGUCACUAGUUGGCUUUUGUCUCAAGUCGCUGAUCUUGGCCUUAAUCUUGAUGACACGAACCUUCAUGCUGAUCGUAUUCAGCUAUGGAACGACUUUAACCACGCCUGGUUAGGGUUGGGCCAGCAGCAGAUCGAUCUUAUGGCUUCUUCUCAACAACUUUCAAGAUCGCAGAGCCUUGUGUCCAAGGCCAUGAUCAAGAAGAUGGGAAACGAAUUAAUUCGCUUAUGCGACGGUAUCGAACGCCACGGUCUGGUAGAUUACCAGUAUGGAGUGUGGGAAGAUCAAAUAACAGAAGUCCUUGAGGACAUCCUAGAUCUAUACGAAGAUUCUGAAGAAGCCAGCGGAAGCGGUAAUCGCUAA